AUGCUGGGCAGUGCAGAGAAUAAACCACCUUUUCUGAAUGACAAGAACUUGCAGCCUGCUAUAGAGAAAGUUCUGAUGAAGAAGUUUCCACUUUAUGAUAGCAAAGCCAGCCAGCUGCAAGUGGUUAACCAGAUGAAAAAUGACAUUUUGAAGGGUUUGUCCCUGUACUACCAUACUUUUGUUGACAUCCUAAUGCUGAAGGAUCAUGUGGUUGAUUUGUUGACUACAAUUGAUGCUUGCCAGGUUCAGUUGGACAUUACUUUGAACUAUGACUUAACCAAGAACUACCUUGACCUGAUUGCAACAUAUGUAUCCAUCAUGAUCUUGAUGUCAAAAGUUGAUGAUCGAAAGAUUGUGUUGGCUCUUUACAAUUCAGCUCAUGAAUUCCUCCACGGAAAAAGCGAUCAGUCCUACCAUCGGCUGGGACAGAUGUGUUUGGAGUAUGAUCCACCCAUGAAGAAGUUGGCAGAGGAGUUUGUACCUCACUCAAGGCACCUGAUGCCAGCGCUGAUGUCGCUACACAAAGUUUACCCUCGACGUAACCUGUCCGCAGAAGUCUUGAGAAAUCUUCAAGUUCUGUCUAUUCUUUCAGAACCUGCUAAAAUGGCCAGUGUUCCUACCACAGACAUGAUUCAGUGUGAGUACCUGUCGCUGGAUACAAUGGAGCGAUGGAUUAUCUUUGGUCUGAUGCUGUGUUACCAGAAUCUGGCAGACGCCCCAGCAUGGGAUUUGUGGAAACAGGCUCUGCAGAGUAGCUACAUCAUCACACUGUGUCGUAAUGAGGUCCUACACAUCCAUAGAUACAUCAUCAGCUUCUUUGAAAUUAAGGGCCAAAAUAUUCAACACCAACAUAAAAGAGUUAAUGAACUCAAAGAGCUACAAGUCCAAGCUUUGCAAAAUGCACCUGUCUUACACAGAGAGAGGCGCAAAUUUUUGCGCAGCACUCUCAGGGAUUUGACUAUAGUUUUUACUGAAGAACCAGGUCUGCUUGGGCCAAAGGCAAUGUAUGUGUUCCAAGGCUUGUCUCUCGCCCGGGACGAAGUCUUGUGGCUACUGAGGCAUGUCGUGAACCCACCUUCCAGAAGUCAUAAUGUGAAGAUUUCACCCGAGGACUUCUAUGACAGACAGCUGCCAGAAUUGCUUUUCUACAUGGAGGAAUUGAGAGGUUUGGUGAAGAAGUACAAUGAGGUGAUUCAGAGGUACUAUGUCCAGUACUUGUCAGGAUAUGAUGCUGUCUAUCUCAAUCAGCUAAUCCAGAAUAUCUCCAUGUGUCCGGAGGAUGAAUCGGUCAUUUUGUCAUCGUUCUAUAACAGUAUUGCUGCUCUGUCAGUCAAACAAGUUGAAAAAAAUGAGCUUUUUGACUUUCGUGGUUUCCGCCUUGACUGGUUUAGACUUCAGGCCUACACCAGUGUCAGCAAAGCUGCUCUAGAACUGAAGAACCACCAGGACCUUGCCAAACAUCUGAACACUGUAGUUUUCCACACCAAAAUGGUUGAUUACCUCGACGAGAUGGUCAACGAGACCGGAGAUUUGUCCAUCUACUGCUUCUACACAACAUUGUUUGAGCAUCAGUUCAAGCAGUGCAUGGAGUUCCUGGCCCAGCACCGCUACAGCAUCAUCUUUCCCAUGAUCUGCGGGCAUUUUAUGAAUGCGACACACAGCUUGUGUCCGGAAGAGUAUGCAUCUUUGGGCAAGACAAGUGUCAAGUAUGCAAACUGGUUCCUCACCGAGUUGUCGACAGAAAUUACUCAGGUCAUCGCAAACAUCGGUGAGGAAACAGUGAAAAUGGACAGUAAGCUCUUGCCCAAGCACAGCGCACCAAUCAUUCUGUCCCAGCGACAGAAGGCCAAAGAUAAACGAGACAAAAAGAUACAGGAGCCUGAGAAACCUGGCCAAGAAAGUGUCAGAAAGAACCGGGAGAAUUUCACAAGAAUGGACAAACUGCACAUGGCUUUAACAGAUUUGUGCUACGCCAUCAACUAUUGUACGGUCAUACAGGUCUGGGACCAUGGCUUUGUGCCAAGGGAGUUUUUCUUGCAGCAUCUUGAGACCAGAUUCAAUAAGGCUCUAGUCGGCAUGAUGAUGUACAACCCAGAAACAAAUGAAAUUGCUAAGCCCUCCGAGUUGCUGAAUGGAGUGAGGGCUUACAUGAAUGUUCUUCAGAGUAUUGAAAAUUACAUCCAUAUUGACAUUGUUCGAGUGUUUCACAAUGUCCUGCCCAUGCAGACCCAGCCUACAGAUGCUAACGGGGAGAAGACAAUCACACACAACUACACACACUGGUAUCUUGAGGUGUUGUUGAUGCGUGUGGCAUGCAACCCUGGCCAGAUCGUGUUCUCCCCCAGUAGAAAGGCAUUUGUCAGUGUAUUGCAGGGAGAUGGUCCAUUCGUGGCAGCAGAGGAGUAUGCAGACCUGACCGAGUUGCGUGCCUUGGCGGAACUGAUUGGUCCCUACGGUAUGAAAUACAUGGGAGAAAGACUGAUGCUAAAUAUUGCCAGCCAAGUCGAUGAGAUCAAGAAACUAGUUGUUGCAAACAAAGACACACUGAUUCAACUGCGGAGCAGCUUUGACAAGCCAGAUGUCAUGAGAGAGCUGACUCGGAAAUUAAUGACCCCUUACAAGAAUGCUCCAUGUGAUGCUGAUGUACUGUUGCUGCGGAUGACUAGGAUCGGUGUGCUGCUGGCUUUUAGGUCUUUAGCACAAGAAGCCCUGAAUGACAUUCUGGAUCAAAGAAUUCCUUUCCUGAUUGGAUCAAUUCGAGAUAUCCAUCAUCAUGUGCCAAACAAUAAGGAUUCUAUGCCAAUCUCCCUCAAACAGCAGGUUGUCAAUGAGCUUGCCUCGUCUGCAGGAGAAAAAUGCAGCAUUGACCCAACUCUUUGUAAUGCCUUGAGAACCCUCAAGAGCG